AUGGCAGAGCCUCACAGUAUCCAGACUAGCCUUCAUGGUCUGUUCCAGGAUCUCUCUGCUAUACCAGAUGGUGACCUUAGCAAUGUCGACCGCUUGUGUCACGAAUUGGAGACCCAUAUUCAAGACUUCCGCAAGCUUUUAGACAAACCGGGAAAGAACAAUGCCAGUCGUCAAGCUGUCCUUUCAGGGAAGAUCACCGUUGCGGAGGUUGAGUACUCGGUCAACUCAGAUUUCCAACAGGGCGUUCUUCAGCUUGCGGAUGCUCUUGAUAUUGAUGAAUUGGAAGCAGCUGGAAUGUUUCUAGCUGGCCAGGAGGAUUCAAAGUUGAUGGACAGGCCUCCUCUGAUCGCAGCCAUAAUAGCUUUCCACCAGCGCCGCCUGUUUACACUCGAAUGUUUACGCCUCGUCUUCAAACAAUCAUUCGACACCGAACACGAAAGAACUCAGUCUAUUAUGCAAGAAACAUUGGCUCAUGUCUUGGACAUCAAGAACAAACCUAUACAGAAUGCUUCUCUCUUUGCGCGAAAGGCCUUGAAAUCCAUGACCGAAGUUGAGAAAUGGAUAUCCCUUCUUGGCGACCAAAUUCAAAAAGCCACAAUCGUCGGCCAGGAGAAUGACCGCGAUGUCAUGGAAGCCAUUGAAUUCCAACGUGACAUGCUGCAACAACAGCACGCGUCACUCGGGGCUAUCCUGUUCUACAUGUUCAAGGGAACAAACACAAGCGCCGAAGACUUCCGCGCACUUGUUGCACAAUUGAAAACUCUCGAUCGAUUCGAUGCACAAUUGUUCGACUAUAUCCCCGUCACAAUUGCCUCUUUUGUACAGCACGGAUCUCCCGAGGGAUCGGGCUCCGAGAAAGGAGCACGGGAUCUGCACAAACUAAUGACUACAUCCCAGGAUGGUCAAGCCUGGAAGCUGCCCAAUUUCCACGCUUGUCUUGUUGCUUUGUGGCUCUCGGUCUACAGUGGAUGGUACUUCGAUGGGCUGUCCUCUCCAUCCAUUAAUGCCGAGAAAGAAUCCGAAGAACGCACGAAGAGUUUCAUGUCUGCCCUUGACGACGGGGCUCUUGACUUCAUGCUUGCAAUCUGCUCCACGGUCAACACCCAAGAAUGGGCGGAUCCAGCCCGAAGUGAGUUGGUGUCCUUGCUCUUAAGAGAGAGCGUCGUUUCAUUGCCUGAGUCCGAGACUUGCCCCGAUUUUAUCAAAGAGCUCUUAAUGGAGAAUUUUGAAGUUUUUGUCGAAUCCUGCGUCGCCAACAUGCCCGAUGCGGUCCGGCAGUUGAAGUCCGAGGAGGACUCCCAACGCCUCGAACAAAUAACUGCGCUUCGAGAUGGCCUAACGUCCGAACUUCACCGCGGUGUAGUAGAGGCGCGCACCCAUCUCGAGUCUCUUCUUAUGAUCAUCUCGUUUGCUUUUGAAGGCCGCGAGGAUGCUGCGCAGGAAUUUUGGGGUGAUCCGGAUGGCAACCUUCAUGGCUUCCUUCACUGGGCAUCCAAACGGCAGACAGUUCCUCGAGUCAGCGCUUUCUGCGAAAUGUUAUGCUCAAUUUCCGAGGGCGAGGUAAAUGCAACAGCGGCUCAUAGAUUCUUGACGGAGGAAGAUAAAUUUAUGUCCAAUAAGUUCAAAAGAUCCACGACGAUGAGUUGGUCGCAAAUGUUUUCCGAGUUGAAACUCUAUGCAUCUCGAGUCAACGAGAAGCCUUCCAGUGGAACGGUCACACAAAUGCCGGGCAUGCAUCAUACACGGAAACGCGAGCCCGCCGAAAUGAACGAACCCGAAAGCCCUGUGAUGCUGACAUGUUACCUUCGGUUAAUGGGCCAUUUGUGCAAGCAGAGCGCAGAAAUUCGUUUGUGGAUGCUACAAAACGAGUUUGAUGUCGUCGCCACACUGUUGGAUUUGUGCAGUGGGCCCAUUCCAUCGCAUCUUCGCGCAACUACUUUUUCAGCGCUCUCAGCACUGAUGACCAAUAAAUCUUCCGCCGUUGGAAAAGAAAUGUGGACACGCCUCGAUGGGUGGUUAUCGGGAGGAUCCAUGACCGCGGGAAUUGGCAAGGUGCCUUUGGUUUCCAAUCCUGCUAUGUUACAUCAGCAGCAAGCCUUGCAAAAAAUUGGAGAAAGUUUCGACCAAACUAAUGCAUUUGUCGUUCUCAUCAACACACUUGUCUCUACUCCAUCCGACUUGAUAGAAGAUCCCAUGGCAUUGUCUUUCCCGGAGACUCUGGGGGGAUCUUAUCGCAUAUCCGGGAUCGAACCCUACAUUGACUUCGUUUUGGGGCAUGCAUUUUCACGGAAGAUCCAGGACCUCAACGAUUACCAGUCUCGCUUGUUGAGCUUCAACUGUCUGGACUUUGUGGUGCAAAGCUUGGGGACAUUCAAUGAAGACCUAGUAUUAGUCUUGAGCGAGGCGUCAAUGUCUGAUUCUCCGGCACAAAUUUCCUCACUACUGGCUUAUGUUCGUUCUCAUCCGUUUGCCCGUGUACUGGAAUGGCUCUUCAACGAAGAUGUUCUCAAGGCUCUGUUCGCAGCCUCCCGGCAGGACAUCGCUGAAGUUAACGCUGCGCAGUCUGACUCUGUGCUGGUUUUGACCUUGCUCCGGAGCCUGGAAGUGAUGAAUCUGCUCGUGGAUCGUCAAUCCACCUACCUCAACAUUGUCAAGUCGCUAGUACAUUCGCAGCCCGGGCCGUCCAAAAAUAAUGUGGCAAACUCCUCACUUGCUUCCUUUGAGGAUAGCGUGCUCAACAAUUUGUUACUUAUCCCGUCAUUAUGUGUUUAUUGCGGCACAGGACAUCUACAGCUCACCCUCGUAUCCAUGAGCCUCCUGGAAAAGCUCACCAGCUCCAGAAAGCUCAACAAAAUGAGCUCCCCCGAACUUGCGAACUGGCAAUCCUCGAACAAGAUCGUGGAAGUACUCACAUCUGAAGUCGACGUGGAUAGCAUUUCACGCUCGCUUGUUUAUCAAAUGACACCGGAUGCGAGAGAAUUCGCGUUCGGUCCUCUUUCAGCUGGUUAUGUCAUGCGAGAAAGACUUCUUGCUCUAUUGAACAGCUGUCUGGGGACGAUCACGGAUCGCCCAACGGUAGCUCAUCUCCUGCUUGGAUUCCAAUGUGUGGGUAAUAUCCUUGAUGUGCCAUCAGAUGGACUAUUCGCAAAUCAAACGUCUUUGCUGCAUGCCAUUAUGACCUUCCUGAAUUGGUAUCCCGAAAGCUUCGAUGACAGCAUUGUAUCUUGGGUGGUGCAGUCGAAACGUGUUGCUCUCGAAGUCUUGAGCCGUCUCUGGUCCUCGAAACUGGCGAGCUUUUAUACGCUUCGUGAAAUGCGUGCACAGGAAUUCCUUUGCAAGAUGUUUGCCGAACAAGUUAUCAUCGGACCCCACACUACUUGGAACGAUUGCCCGAUUGGUUCAGAGGAAUUUUGGCUCACGGAUGCCACGGUUGCUCUAUCGGAAUUUUUGAUUUACCGGAGCCAUCUGUUCAAUUAUGCGGCGACUGAAGUUCGUUCAGCAGCACAAGCUAGAUCGCCAUCUCUGUGUGCCCACGUUCUGUCGGUCUUGCGUGGAAACGCUGUUAAGCCAAAUGGCGAACCAAGUCCUUCCGUUUUCGAUCUUUUCGAUUUUACAGAUCUUGAUGUUGGGCGUGAUUUCAGCCAGCCCCAUCUCUCUUUGCUUCGUGAUAUUUUUGUUAAUAUUGAAAACAAACGGCAAGAAGCUAUCCACACGCAUGGACUUGAUGAGAUGAUACAAAUACGGCGAGCGGAAUUAAUGAACAAUGGAGUUCUACGACCGCAGGAUGAGGAGCAAUUCCUGACCGAGGCCAACAGCCUGAAGGCUUACAUCCUCGCAACAGAAAGGCAAAAGGUGAUUCAAGAUAACCGCUGUCUCGCCCUCCGAUCUUGGGUAGAGCUUAUUACCACAAUGAUCACAUGCUCUGCUCUCGAGGAAGAAAGCAAACCAGUUUUCAUUCUCCACACCAUUCAAUUGAUUAUUCCUAAGCUCGCAACGGCGAUCGAAGCGGACCUUCCUGAUGCACUUGAACUGGCACGACUCGCUGAAUUGUUAAUAAGUGGUCUUGCCUCUGAUGUAUUGGCAGCAGACGUUUCUCAAAGCGGGGAUGUUAUCGAUGAAAAGCUACACCAGCUUUUCCAAAUUUGCCUCCGCGGCACGAACUUAGCAGCUGGCAAUGUGUUGUUGAGGGAAGCACUCUAUAGCAUUUGUUCCCAAUACAUCACACGAAUUACUUCGUCGAACAAGACCCACGCGAACCUACGGCGUCUCAGCCAACAAGUCAUCAAGGCGGCUGGGUCUGGUUUGAUUGAGAUUGUAUGCGAUGACGCAUAUACCGGCCAAGAAUCGUGCCGUGCAUCCGCCCUUGUGUUAUUGACUAGUCUAGCCGUUCUAGAUCGCCAAACUGAUUGUGUUUUGGCGGAGUCCAUCUCGCAGUCAAACUAUCUGAGUCUAUUCUUAGAUGCGCUACGGUCUCUCCCACUAGAGUUUCACAAAGCGCAAGGAAGCAACACCCCGGCACUGCUCGCAUAUUAUGAGUCCUUGCUGUCUUUCCUCCAGCGACUUUCUCAAACCAAGAGUGGAGCAAUCUGUGUUUUGAACUCCGGCUUGUUCCAAGCCGUUCACGAAUCACGGCUUUUCGCUGCCGAUCCAGAUAUUGGCAUAGACAUCGAAAAUCCUGACGCUCUACAAAAAUACUACGACCUUCUUUUGUCGACUAUUCGCCUUAUCGUAUAUGCCGUCUUCUCCCGGGGAAUCGACAACGAACAAAUCAAGGCACAGAUCCGGGGAUUCUUGGUUGAAAAUCGACCUUGUGUGGUCGGAAUCUUCAAGCGAUCUGCCAAUAUUGGAAGCACUUCAUCUGCGCAUCAAGACAGCCUCCGUGAACUGGUCAAGGCGUUUAUGGCCCUGAUUUCUGCCACGGACUUCUUGGAGUUCGAGGAGCAGGAACUGCAAGAUAAUAUCCGACCAUUCUCAUUCUCAUGA